CAGCUUCCCAAGUAGCCAUUGACUGUCAUGAGAGGCAAAGAGCUACAUCAGUGGCGGCAGACAAUACCGUAACUUUCAUCUUGAUUAGCACCUUGCCUCCUACGUCGUUAAGGCCAGAUCAAGACGAACCUUCUCGACCAGUGCCAUCCGACCGAGUUUAGCCUAAUCGGACCGCCUACCUGCCUAGCAGUUUCCUCCACUGCCCACCGAAGAUCCUGUCUCUUAUCCACCUAUCCAUUUUACUUUCCCGGUUCAGAGGUACGGUCGUCGAAUACAGCAACGAUUUAGAGUGUAGCGUUCAGCCCGGGCCGCUGGAACGUACUGCUACCAUCAUCGUAGACUUUCUGUCACACGCAUCUUCGAAGCCUAACGCGAGGCAAAACUAGAUAUACAAUGGGGUUAAAUGAGGACUUGAAGGCCAACCCUCCAUGCCAUCCUCUCGCCUGCGCCAUCCAAGAUUGUUUCACCAGAAAUGGCUACAGAGAGGAGAGGUGUCAGUCUGUAGUUAUUGCCUUGUACGAGUGCUGUGAGGCUUUCUACCGGUCUAAGGGCGACAACGCGACGACGGUCAGCUGUCCCAAGCCUGACCUGCUACGGUUGAAGCUCAGAAGGCUCCGCGAGGGUUCGCAACAAUAGUGAAGGAAAAAUCAUCGAAUGCGGGCAAACAUGUACCACUCUUCCAUAUAAAUACGUCAACCCGAGUAGAGAAGAAAUCUGGCAACAUUCUAGAAAGAGGGCAAGUUAUUCUAGGCAUUCGUUGAGCGCGCUAAGAGAUCCCGUAGAAUCUGAACAACCAUUGAGUGGCCUGUUCCGAGACUCUAAUACAAAAGCCUUGACAUUGAAGAGAGAAGAAGAAGAAAGAGCAAAGAAAAUUUCCACCGAUGCAGCUUGAUAAAGGAAGCCAUGAGCGGGGCUAUACUGUGC